AUGUUGUCCAGGAAAGGACUCAUCCCCGAAGAUUACCUGCUGACACGUCUGGCCGAGGACGUGUUCCAGCCCAAGUUCAAGGGAACUGGGAAACCAGGCAAGGCUCGGUUCGUGACCAAGAACGGCGCCUGCAACGUUGCGCACACCAACAUCAGAGAGCAGGGCCGCUUCUUGCAGGACGUGUUUACGACUCUGGUGGAUUUGAAAUGGCUCCACACGCUCAUCAUUUUCACCAUGUCGUUCCUCUGCAGCUGGCUCCUGUUCGGGAUGGUGUGGUGGCUGGUAGCUUUUGCGCACGGGGACCUGGAGCAGAGAGGAGACGACUUUGUCCCGUGCGUAACGAGCAUUCACUCCUUCUCCUCGGCUUUCCUGUUCUCCAUAGAGGUCCAGGUGACCAUCGGCUUCGGGGGUCGGAUGAUCACGGAGGAGUGCGUCUCCGCCAUAAUCAUCCUCAUCGUGCAGAACAUCGUGGGACUGGUCAUCAACGCCAUCAUGCUGGGGUGCAUCUUCAUGAAGACGGCGCAGGCCAACCGGCGCGCGGAGACCCUCAUUUUCAGCAAACACGCGGUCGUCUCCAUCCGAAACAACAAGCUGUGCUUCAUGAUUCGCCUCGGGGACCUGAGGAAGAGCAUGAUCAUCAGCGCCACCGUGCGGAUGCAGGUGGUCAGGCGCACCACCACCGACGAGGGGGAGGUGGUGCCGCUGGACCAGAUCGACAUCCACCUGGACAACCCCGUGGGCACCAACGGCAUCUUCCUGGUGUCCCCCCUCAUCAUCUGCCACGUGAUCGACAAGGCCAGCCCCCUGUACGAGCUGUCCCCGGCCGACCUGCAGCACCAGGACGUGGAGGUGAUCGUGGUGCUGGAGGGCGUGGUGGAGACCACCGGCAUCACCACGCAGGCCAGGACCUCCUACGUGUCGGAGGAGAUCCUGUGGGGUCAGCGCUUCGUGCCCACGGUGUCCGAGGAGGACGGCAUGUACGCGGUGGACUACUCCAAGUUCGGCAACACGGUGAAGGUGCCCACGCCGUGCUGCAGCGCGAGGAAGCUGGACGAGUCGGGUGGCAUCGCCCGGUUCAAGCAGAGCGAGGGCGCCACCCUGCGGACGUCCGUGAGAAGGCGCCGGGGCCCCGCAGCGGUCCGGAGGUCCAGGAUGGAGAGCAAGUGA